AUGCGCUCCGUCAGCUACGUGCAGUGCGUGGCGCUCGAGUUCGGCGGCAGCCUCUUCCCGCACGCCAUCUGCCUCGGGGACGCCGACAACGACACGCUGAACGAGCUAGUGGUGGGGGACACCAAUGGGAAGCUCUACGUGUACAAGAAUGAUGACAGCAAACCCUGGACUGUGCGAUCCUGCCAAGGAAUGCUCACAUGUGUUGGAGUGGGAGACGUAUGCAAUAAAGGCAAGAACCUUGUGGUGGCCGUGAGUGCCGAGGGCUGGUUUCAUCUUUUUGACCUGAGUUCUCCAGCUGCAAAACACCCAGAUGCCUCCGGCCACCACGAAUUGGUGGCAGCAGCAGAGGAGCAGAAGCCCGUGUUCAAGCAGCACAUUCCUGCCAACACCAAGGUCAUGCUGAUCAGUGACAUUGAUGGAGACGGGAAGUGCGAGUUGGUGGUGGGUUACACUGACAGGGUGGUGCGGGCCUUCCGCUGGGAGGACUUGUCUGACAGCCCCGACCACGUCUCAGGACAGCUGCUCCUGCUGAAGAAAUGGCUUCUGGAAGGUCAGGUGGACAGCUUGUCUGUGAACCCGGGCCCUGACGGCUCCCCCGAGCUGAUGGUUUCUCAGCCUGGCUGUGGUUAUGCUGUUCUGCUGUGCACCUGGGACUCGGAGCAGCAGCCCACGCCAGAGGGAAGGGACAGCUCUGCCCCAGGCAGGGAGGCUCCCGUGCGAGAUGUUGUUCUCCACCAGACGUCUGGUCGGAUCCACAACAAGAACGUUUCCACUCACCUGAUCGGUAGCAUUGGCAGAGGCUGCUCCAGUGCAAACAGUGGCUCGGGCCUCUUUGCCCUCUGUACUCUAGAUGGGACUCUGAAACUCAUGGAGGGGGCGGAUAAACUUCUCUGGUCGGUGCAGGUCGAUCACCAGUUGUUUGCUCUGGAAAAGCUGGAUGUUACUGGCAACGGGUGCGAGGAGGUGGUCGCCUGUGCGUGGGACGGCCAGACCUACAUCAUCGACCACAACCGGACCGUGGCCAGGUUCCAGGCGGAUGAGAACGUCAGCGCCUUCUGUGCAGGCCUCUACGCAUGCAAAGGAGGAAGCAACAGCCCAUGCCUCGUUUAUGUCAGCUUCAGUCAGAAGAUCUACAUCUAUUGGGAUGUGCAGCUGGAGAGAAUGGAGUCCACCAACCUGCUGAAAAUCCUGGAGAGCGACCCAGAGUUUGGAGAGCUCCUGCAGCAGCUGGGUGUGGAAAGAAGUGACGUUUCUUCUGUCAAAGAUUUGAUUCACAAAACUCUGUAUUUUCCUGAGAAACACCAGCUGAUCAGCCCCACACAGUGCCAAGACCUGCCAUAGAUUCUUCUGCCCACCACACUAACAUCCAUUGCCCCUUAAAACCUUUCGUGGCUUCAGGGAGUGCUUGCCUGUUGAGGCAUGGUGCCAAGUGGAUGUGUGUAGCUGAGGAAGCUACGAGGACAGCAGGAGUCCGGAGUUCUGCUCGUUGGCCUUCCAUUGCCUAUUUCCAUAUUCCUGACUAUCCAAAGUCCUUUUUGGGGCGACUGUAGAUGAGCUCUGAGGACACAGGGAGAGUAGAUCCAAGCUUAGUGCUGCUUUUGGCCUGUUCUUAGAGGUGCUAUGGUGAUAACGUCAGAGUUCCUAGUGGGCUCAUAGCACAGGAGUUGCAGGUUGAGACCUUGAAUUGGGCAUCAGGAAAGGGCUUCCCACUUCUGUCCUGCACAGAUGAGCUGCUUCAGCAGAGGCAGGAAUUGUUUGCGUUUGUUGUGGUGCUCCCCUCCAGCCAAGCUGAGUUGCUCACAAGCUGCCCUCUGUUCUGAGCAUCUUGGGAACACGUGUGAGAACCACAGCUCGCGCUGCUGACUUGCCAAGGGCUAUCCAAGCUCCAAGGAAGCCCAGCUGUUCUCAAGAAGCAUUGCUUGCCUUCAUCCCCUUGGGCAGAGAGACCCCAGAGGUGGUUGUGGCUUAGCAAAGUAACUGUAAACUGGGCAAUAAAAGGAAUUUGUCUUAACUGUGGAUCUCUGCUGCAGUGAUAGCUCGUCCGUUUCAUAAAAAGCAGUGGGAAUGUCAUGCUUCCCUCUGGCUGUGGAAAGUUCCAUCGCUCUUUUGAAUCCUACACAACGGUUUGGCCAGUGCUGAUGCUCCCCCUGCUCAAAUGCAGAGGAUGGAGGAGGCCCUGGCCUGCAAAGCCAGGAGCUCUGCCACAUGCAGCAGGUGUUCAGCCCAUCCCCACCUCAGCCUCAGGCAUGCCUGUCAUCAGUUAUUGGGACAGGAGCAGCAUGGUCACCUGCUGCGUUGCCACCAUCACCUCCUUCUGUCAUUUAUGGGAUGUCCUGUUGAACAAGCACGAUGGACGGAGCUCUCCUUUCACCCGCACGAUAGCCUGGGAAGGCUGGAUCCAAGUCAGGGCAAAUAUAAAUAAUUCAGUGAUCUCUCUUUAGCAGGUGAGAACGCUUGAGGAUAUUGCAGUGUGUUCACAGUUGCUGUGCCGUGCUCUGCAGAACAGAGCUGCAGAUGGAGAUGAGGGCUGCAGUGCUUGAACUCUGCCGGCUUUGGGGAGUUGGCAGCAUCUCUUGGAGGGCUAAAGCAAGGAACUGCCUCUGGGCCUGUAGCCUUGGGAAAUUCUGCCAGCUGUUUUGAUGCUGGGAUGUAAAGCCCGCAGUCCAAGAGGGCCUCUACUACAUAACAUAGUGCUCUUACCAGUCUUGCUCUACUUUCCUCAUGAAAAUGAGAUCUCGUAGGUCUCGGUACAUUGCUUUCCUGCUAUUUCUAGGUAUUUGUUCCCCCAAAACCUAGAGCUGCUGCUCUGAUGACGAGAACAAGUGAUAAUUCUCUCCCCUCUCUCCCCAAGAAUUUCAGGUGAAGUAGCAGCAGCUACUGUCCUUGUCUCCCUCCCGGGAGCCCUGGCAACCCAGCUGAGCUGGGAAGGAGCAGGCGUGUCUGCCCAUGGGUGAACACUUAGGUUGCACCAUGGUCUGAGGUGUUUUCUCCCUAACCCUGUUGCUCCCUGGUUUAGUUUCACGCUUCACAACGAGUGGAACUGACACCAAGAAGGACCACAGUAGAGCAGGGCUGAGUAGAGCAAAUUUCCUGAAGUCUCGUUAUGGAAGUUUUGAUUCAGUCUUCCAGCCUGAACCCAGCCUGCUGCCCUUUCUCUGCUUUGGGAAGCAGGAUGCUUAUGGGCAAUACAACGUAGAAAUGCCAGGAUUUUCAGUCCUGGUUUGCACAAUCUGGCCCAUGAAGCACUGCUUAGAAUACGAGCUCUCCUGCUGCUUGUGCCGUCAAGCUGGGUAGGACUGUGGGGAGCCUUCCCGCAGUGGGUGCCUGCUGUGGCUCUGCUUAGCAUCUUGUUUGCUCUUGGUAGGGCAGGCGUUCUCCCCAGAAAUACUUUCUCUCAUCAUCUCCUGCUGGGAUUUAAGAGCCCCAUCAAUUGUGUGAAGCACUUUGUUUGCCUGAGAGGCCUGGCUGAACUCC